AGAGAGGACAGGGAGAGGGGAGAGAGAGAAGGAGGACAGGAAAGAGAGGGAGAGAGAGGACAGGGAGUCUGAAAGCAUGCUGCUGAACCUCCCGCUAAAAAAGCAGCUGGCUGAGUUGAAGACAAAGCUCUUGAUAGAACGGGAGGAGAGAGAAAGUGAAAAGGAGGAGGAGAGGAAGAGAUUGAAAAACAAAGGGAUCGAAGGAACGAUUGAACUUACUGUGAAGCUGGAAGAGCUCCAGGCAGAGUUGAAGGAACUGAAGAACCAUGGACGUCUUGAAGUGAAGAACAUGGUAGAUAAAAACACCUCUCUGACAUAUCUCACCCUGCACCAUGACAUCACCUCUAACUGCAACAACAACACCGUUGUCCCUGACUACAAGCUACUACCAUCUCCUGUGUGAGAAUCCCAACCCACAGAACACUGUUGUCUCCCAGGCAACAGCAACAACAGCUGAUCUGAUCCAGGAAUAUGGAACUCUGACCAAAGCUCCAGAUCUCUCCAGACCUAUUAUUGAGGGAGAGACCAUUGUGGAGGCCCAGAGGGGUGUGUCUCCCUCAGACCAGGCUGAAACCACCAUGGAGCUCCAGAGUAGAGGUCUCUCUGCCUCAGAGCUAGCCCAGGAGGUGGAGCAUCUGGGUGGGGAGAGGAGGCUGGGCGAGCCAGACAGACCCAGGCCAAGCUGGUGGUUCGACAGAGCCAGGUAACCAGGCAGACCCAGCAGCUGACCCUGGCCUUCGACCACCAGAGCAGACACAUCCAGGAGCUGCUGGCAGAGCUGCAGGAGAAGGAGGGCAGCGGCGUCAGGCAGGGACAGGAACUGCAGCACUGUAGAGAUGAACUGGCCAUGCUCAGAGAGGAGAAGGAGAGACUGGAGGAAGAGAGACAGAAGGAGGAGCUCAAGGAAAGUAGGGUCACAAUAACCCCUCAGCAGGUUGACCAUUACACAGAUGUACAUCAGAUCCCCCAUAACACUCAGAAUGAGUCUGCCUCUGGGAUAGAAGAGAGUACAGACAUAACAAUAAAACCACUGAACACUACCCAGGCUUCCUCUGCACUUUGUGAUGAGGGAGGUCAGCUGCCCACUCCACAGAAAAAUUGUGUCACAUAAUUAUAUUAUGUAAACGACAGCACUACCACUCUGAGCAACCAUCCUGUUGAAAAUGAGGCCGCGAAGAUGGUGGAUUCUAAGGCUUCUGCUCAGCCAAGCAGGAGUGAAGAGAGAGUUGAAAACACAGAGAAAUUCAAAUCGGACCAUUUAACUGUCACACGUUCUGAGGAGCAGAUGGAACAUCCUGAGGUUUCUGGGCUCCAACAGCAACACGUCCGUAGUGACGGACACACCAUGUACAGCCCUGCCUUCAGGAGAGCUACUGAAGAGUUCCAGCUAUCCCAGAGAGACCUGAGUCUAACCAGGACUGAGAACACACAUCUUACUGUAGAGCUGGAGAAAGCUUCCGGUCCUACCAACAAACAACAGUACACCAGUGGACAGGGUCGAGAAGAGAGUCUGGCUGAAGAGCUGCGGUCUCUAAAACAGAAGAACGAACAACUGGAACUCAAACUUCAAGAUGUUGCAACCACAGACAGAGAAAUUAGUUUUGUCAGAACACUACCAGCCACCUGUGAAGACCAGGCUGAAAGAAAUGGAAAGAGAAGGAAAAGAAAGACCCAGCGAGGAGGACAGGAAGUUAUCUCCACCUCUGGAGAGCUAGAGCAAAUCAGUGACAUCAUCACCUCAGGACUGGAGGCCACACUGCAGGAUGGAGGGAAACCCAAAGAUGAGGAGAGGGGAAGUAGAGUCUGAAGGAAAGAGAGGGGAAGGAGAGGGGGAGAGAGGAGCUAGGCAUGAGAGGAGAGGGGAAGGAGAGGGGGAGAGAGGAGCUAGGGGUGAUGGGAGCGGGGGAGUAGAGAGGGAGAGAGGAGCUGGAUAUGAGACUCUAUUAGACACUACUCCACUGGCUCCACUCCAGAUCACCUGCCUAGAGAAGCAGGUGGUGGCGCUGCAGGCUGAACUGCAGUCUCUCUCUGAGGAGAACCAGAGACGGGCUGAGGAGCUGGCAGUGUGGAGGCUGACGGCCCAGACCCCCUGUCUGGACCCAGAGGACCCCAUCGCUGCUACCCUCAGCCCUGCUCCCCUCAGCCCGGUACACAACACUGCUCCCCUCAGCCCGGUACACAACACUGCUCCCCUCAGGCCUGGACACAACACUGCUCCCCUCAGCCCAGUACACAACACUGCUACCCUCAGCCCAGUACACAACACUGCUACCCUCAGGCCUGGACACAACACUGCUCCCCUCAGCCCUGCUCCCCUCAGCCCGGUACACAACACUGCUCCCCUCAGCCCGGUACACAACACUGCUCCCCUCAGGCCCGAUAGACAACACUGCUCCCCUCAGCCCGGUACACAACACUGCUCCCCUCAGGCCUGGACACAACACCGCUCCCCUCAGGCCUGGACACAACACUGCUACCCUCAGGCCUGGACACAACACUGCUCCCCUCAGGCCUGGACACAACACUGCUACCCUCAGCCCUGCUCCCCUCAGGCCUGGACACAACACUGCUCCCCUCAGCCCGGUACACAACACUGCUCCCCUCAGGCCUGGACACAACACUGCUACCCUCAGCUCGGUACAUAACACUGCUCCCCUCAGCCCGGUACACAACACUGCUCCCCUCAGCCCGGUACACAACACUGCUCCCCUCAGCUCGGUACAUAACACUGCUCCCCUCAGCCCGGUACACAACACUGCUCCCCUCAGCCCGGUAUACAACACUGCUCCCCUCAGCUCGGUACAUAACACUGCUCCCCUCAGCCCGGUACACAACACUGUGACUGGGAUCAGGGAGGAUGAGCUGUUUCUCUACUGCACCUCCUAUAGACUCUAUGGGAGGACCCUGGCCUCAAGACUGCAGCACUGCAAUUCUCUUGAACCAAAGAGUAUCCAAAACUCACCCAGAAAGAACAAAUCGACAUAUCACCAAGAGACAGAAAAACCGACCACUGAACAUAGAGAUGAAGAAGCAGACAUCACCAACAAUGUUUACCAAACCUCAGAGCUCCAGAACAAGGCAACAGAGCACACUAACCAAGAUGAACCAGAAAACAAGACCAAUCCAUACACCAGAUCCAUCCAUACAUCCAGAGCAACAGAUGAGACCCAGACCAAAGAAAUCGUCUCAAGGCACCAUCUAGACAUCAUAGAACUAAAUGACCUCAGAGAGUUCCCCACUCCAUCUCUCGCUGAGGCUCAAUCCACUGAAGCACAGGCCUGGAAACCAACCAUCCCAGUCACCAUCAAGAGGAACCAAUCUCCACUGGGAUUGAAAAUAAAAAUCACUGCUCGUUCUGUAGAAAAGUCACCACCACAACCACUACAUCAGAGUGGCAAACUGAGAGAACGAUAGUGGAGACCAAGGGUUAGAGGUUAGGAGCACCAGCUCUCAGACAGAGGGGGGAGCAACAGGAGUCUGGACACCGACACAGCCGCCUACUCCAGCCACUCCACCAGAAACACACCAGGUAUACACACAGACGAGGAGGAUGAAGUACCCACAGAAUCUCCCCCUAUGUCACCAGUCUGGGUGUCGAAGGCAGAGGGGGACAGGAUGUUGUUUUCCGGUUCAUUCCCGAUCCCAGCCGACCCGGCCCGCCUUGCGGAGCGUUUCCGUCGUAACCGGUGUCAGAUGUCUGCAGCGUACGACGACACGGAGUACGAACCCUAUGGCCUGCCUGAGGUGGUCAUGAAAGGUGAGGAGAGAGGGGAUGUUGUGUUUUAACAAUAAGGCACAGUAGACUGAUGCUAUAUUUGAAUGUCACAGCUAACUCUAUUUGAUCAAUGUACCAAUCGGGCUUCAGGAAGAAGCAUAGCACAAUUACAGCAGCCAUGAAGGUUU